UUCUUGGUUGUGCUUUGUGCUAGGUAUCAGUCAGUGUCUUGAUUACAGUCGUAAAAGUUCUAAAUAGGUAACUUCAAACACACUUUUUUUCAAUAGGUACAUACAUUGUGUUUAAAAACGCGUUGUCUCAGGAAUUCCAAGUUCUUUUGCGAUAGAAAUGAAAUACUGUCUCAUUAUUUUUUCAAUUUUCAACUCAUACUUUAUCAUAGUUUCAUCUAAAAAGAUUGAUUCAGUAUGGCCAGUGGACGAUUCCAUUCCAUUUCCAUAUCCAACGCCGGAUCCCAUAAAUAUAAUUCCUUCUCGAGCAGAAUAUAUCAGAACUCCGAAACCUUUAACAAUUGAAGCCAAUUUUGCACUUUUGUCAUAUGUCACCAAUACAGGUUCUUCAUUGAUUGUGACGGCAAAAAGAUCAAUGUUAUCAACCAUCGCAACGGGAGGUGUUCUGUAUAAUGACAGUUACAUAUUUUUCCAACGAGAAUUUUUCUGGGAUUCAAGUUUAAAGCACAGUUCUGGUGCUACAAUCAAUGGAUAUGGGACACCCCUUCAAACUGUAAUUUCUUUUUAUAACCGUAAGUAUGGUACUUUGGAAAAUGCCAAGUCCAAACGUGAUGGAAUUUUUCAAGUGGUGGUUUUCAUACGUGUGGGACCGAUUCCAAAUCCUUUAUUUUAUCCAUUCGAACUAGUGACACAAGCGGUGAAAAAGGCCAAUUCAACUAUCCUUAUCCCUGAAAUAUUAACCUAUGAUUUUUACUUGCUGCCAUCACUCAGACAAGAUUACUACGCGUAUCCAGGAGAAUAUUUCGACCAUGAGUCGGGUAACACGUAUUUCAGUUCUACUGUCACAUUAUGGCGUAGAUUUCCACCUCCUUUCAUAUCUUAUGAUCAAUUCAAAGCCACGUUCGGAUCAUUUUUGGAUAAAUCUGGGAAACCAUACUCACAUGUUGUAUCAAGAUACCCGAGAGGUUACAGACCACUGAAACACGUUAUCCUCAGUGGAAUAGCACUCGUAUGAGUUGACUGCUGAUACCUAAAUUUUUGUAUUUAAUUUGUGCGAAAUAUUUAGGUUCUUAUGUAAGCUAUUUACAUGCAUUUGACUAAGAAAAUUAAGAAAAGAUCGUAAUGAUGGAAAAAUUUUUGUGCAUCGAAUAAAGAAAUUUGGUAUUA